AUGAACAACUACGGGCCGGGAGUCUCGCUAGCGUCGGUGGAAGUCUCCACCCCCUUCGCCACCGGCUCGUACAACGCAAUUGUCGCUUUCGAUGCGACACACUGCGUCCAGAUGUGCUGCGAGCAAGAAGAAUGUGCCCGUGCUGUCUUCAAUGAAGGGGAAUCUAUCUGCUACCUCAAGGGGUCCGAAGCGUUGGCGAGCUACCACGACGUGCCCGCCACCGGCGUAUCAACUUAUACCAUCGACACAAGAGAAGGUAGCUCCGAGCCUGUGGAGCUGGUGCCGACGCAGUGCAGCAGCAAGCGAGGGGUUGCUUUUGGGUUCAAGGAAUCGGGCGACCUGUACACUCUGAAGACGGGAAUUUCCUGGUGGUAUGAUUGGUCCCCGGGGUCCCUCGCGGACGGAAUUUUGGAAGCAUCGCUGACCCAGGGCUCACUGUACGUUCCCAUGAUCUGGGGAGAGGGCGACUUGACAGAGGAGCGCCUGAGAGAUCUUGCGUGGGUAGGGGACACCUCUCCUUACUUGCUCGGCUUCAACGAGCCGAACUACGGGGAACAGGCAAAUCUCACCCCUCAGGAAGCGGCUGACCUUUGGCCUCAAGUUCGACAACAGGCGGACGAUUUGGGCAUGGAGCUGGUGUCCCCAGCCGUCAACUUCUGCUACGGGAAUUGUGUCGAAGAGGACCCCAUCACGUGGCUGGAUGAGUUCUUCGAGGCGUGCGGUGGUGACGUCGAAGACCGCGACUUCUGCGGCAUCACGCACAUAGCCAUCCAUUCUUACACAUGCGAGGUCAAGUACCUGAACAAGCACAUCCACAUGUACGUCCAGCGGUACGGUUUGCCGAUCUGGCUGACCGAGUUCGCCUGCGGUUUCGAGGCAACCGAGCUCGACGCAUACGGUCAGGCGGAUUUCCUGGAAAGCGCCUUGACCUACCUAGAGCUGAACCCUCACAUCUUCCGCUACGCAUGGUUCACCGCGAUAUCUGCCGACAACGACGGGCUUGACAACUCCAUCAACCUGCUUGACGCCGAGACCAAGGAGCUGACGGUCGUCGGAGAUACACGAGCAGACUUGGAUGUAGAUCCCCUCGCAACCGUGAUCACGAACGCGGUCAUUGCGAACGUUGGCGGGGCUGGGUACUACGACGAUGUGGUGGACAUGAUCGACGGGGAGAACAUGAACUGCCCAUCGUAUGACGAUGCUUGUGUCAAAGAGGAAGUGUGCGUGAACGGCGGCCUGGCUCCUUUCGACGAAGUGUCUGUGUCCUUCCGGGGACCCAUGAACCUAUACAACAUCGCCUGGUUCGAAGGCACCGCGGACGGAACUCUAGAGCGUACCACCUCCUGGACUCCGGGUGAGCUCGGAGACAACAUCGCUUUCAUGAACAAUCGAGGUGGACUGUCUGACUGCUCCGGCGAGUGGAGUAUCUGUGGCGGAAACAGCCAGAGCUUCGCGGACGCCACGAUUCUGCGAACCGCGCAGUAUGGGUGCAACUGCCGUGGCGCGGGAGGAAAUGGUGGCUGCGGAGAGUUCGACAUCAUAGAGGGUAUCGUCGGCAACAAGUACAGUGAUAUGCUUUUCACGACGGAGAAAACAACGUACGCUGCCAUCUUCCGGGGAAACAGCGGCGACAGUGAGUCUUACCUCCAAGUGGCGCAGCUCGACGGUUGGGACUUCACGGCGGAGUCGCUGACGGCUUCAGAAUUGGACAAGAUGAAAGGCUCCGAAGAGGAGACGCACCCGAUUUAUUCCGUGGACUCGCGGUCCACUAGUGCGGGCUGUGAUUCCAGCCCAGACCCCGCGGUUGGUGAAUACAUCGAGGAGAUGCUGUCGCUGGCAGAGGGGUACGAAUACAUAGGGUGCUUCCACGACAAGUCACCGAUGGACGAAAGGGAUAUGGCGCUAAGUUCGAAGCGGGAGUUCGCUCAGAACAAGCCUAGCAUGUGCGCGGCCCGAUGUGCCAAGGAGGACGGCGCCACCUUUUUCGGCCUUCAAAACGGUGGCUUGGUAAGCAGCGUAUACGUCAUCCCUGUGGAACACACGUACGUCGGCUGCUUCGAAGACAAGAAAGACGAUCGGGAUCUACUCCUCGUCCCCAAGGUGGUGUCUUCCUACCUCACGCCGGCGGCCUGCGCGGCCUACUGCUCCUCCGUCGAGGGGGCCACGUACAUCGGGGUACAGUCCGGCCGCAAGUGUUUCUGCGGGGACUCGUUCGGAAAGCACGGACAGUCGACCCUGUGCAGCGAGCCCUGCUACGGCGACGAAGACCAGGUUUGCGGAGCGCAUAACGUCAACAGCGUGUACACUCUUCUGCCUGAGGAUGAGGUCGAUCGAACCCCGUUGAACGCGGGCAUCCAAGACCAGCAGGCAGUGUGCGGGGGGAAGCGCUGCGGCUGCUUCCUGAACGAGAGCCUGGGAGACUCCCUGUUGUCUGGCGGCAACGAUAUGGAUAGCGAGGCACUGUCCCGAACAUCCUGCAAGGAAGCUUGCGAGAAAGGUGGCUUCCCGUUCUACGGCCUUGAGUGGUCAAUCAUCUGCUUCUGCGGCGGAAAUAAGACCGCCAAGGCCAAGUUCAUCGAGGGAAUCGAGGCGUACCGGCUGGCCGACGAUACCGGGGCGUGUGACAUGCCUUGCCCGGGGAAUGGGGAGGACACCUGCGGCGGGUACGGUGCGGUAGAAAUUUGGGAGGUCUGA